AUGGGGCCCGGAGAAGCUGUGUUUCUGGGGUUUGGGCUUCUCUUCUCAUGUGGGUGCCUCGGCGUGGCCUCGCUCAGCGCCAGCACCAACGAGACGAACUCAACGAGCCAAAUCCCACCAGCGACACCGAGGUCCCUGCAGACGAUGGAUCACAGGCCCAACCGGACGGAGAGCGAGCCGGCGCGUUCUCCCACCACGUACCGGCUCAGGAGCUACCAGCUCAGGAAGCAGGAACCCGCCGGGCCUCUCGUGGGGCAGGAAACGGCCCCAGAGCUGCUCAAACUGCCCUUUCUGAACCCCAGUGCCAGGCAGGAAUCAAAAGUGCUGCAGAAGGCGGAGCAGCGGGUGCCCGUGGCUGCUGAGAGCGUGGCGGUGCGCUGCGGGGAGAGAGAGGUCAGCGUGGAGGUCAAGAAGAACUUCCUGGGAAACGGUCAGCUGAUCCGAGCGGGUGAUCUGACAUUAGGAGGCUGCCCCGGAGUCGACACCGACGACCACGUCCUGUCGUUCCAGACGCCGCUAACGGGCUGCGGCAGCACGUUGAAGAUGACUGAAGGAUCCCUCGUCUACUCCUUCUCCCUCAUCUACUCUCCGACACCCAUAGGCGACACCUUCAUCCUGAAGACCAGCCCUGCUGAGGUGGAAGUUGUUUGCCACUAUCGAAGGAGACAGUACGUGAGCAGCGGCGCCAUGAGGCCCGCCUGGACGCAGUUCGCCUCCGACGUGCUCGCUGAGCAGCGGCUCCACUUCUCCUUGCGCCUCAUGACAGAGGACUGGCAGUCGCAGAGGCCGUCCAGCGUUUUCUUCCUGAGCGACGUCAUGCACAUGGAGGCGGGCGUCCUGCAGGGGCACCACGUUCCCCUGAGGGUCUUCGUGGACAGCUGCGUGGCCACGCUGGGGCCCGACCCCUUCUCCAAACCCAGUUACCCCUUCAUCAGCAACCACGGGUGUCUGACUGAUGCUAAGCUGACAGGAGCCAAGUCUUACUUCAUGCAGAGGAGCCGGGAGGAUAAACUUCACUUUCUGCUCAAAGCCUUCAGGUUCCAGCGAGAUCACAGCUGCUCGAUCUACAUCACGUGUCGUCUGAAAGCGAUGACUGUCUCUGUUCCCGUCGACUUGCAGCACAAAGCGUGUUCAUUCCUCACCGAGGCCAACAGAUGGGUGGCAUCAGGUGGAGACAACAAGGUGUGUGGCUGCUGUGAAAGCAGCUGCGGCCAGGAGAGACCGAGACGAGCCCUGGUGGCGGACGCUGGUCUUCCUCCAGAGCUGCAGUGGGAGGCGGAGGUGGCUCUGGGCCCCGUCCUGGAGGAGGAGGAGCCGACGGAGGUGUCCGAGCUUCCUCCAGAGCGGCUCCUUCUGCUCCACACGCAGGAAGUUACUCCAGCAGCCUCCUCCCAGUCGAUAGCCCUGCUGUGCGGACUGGGUGCAGUGCUGUCCGUGGUGCUGAUAUCUUUCAUGGCUGCCAUCACUGUGACCAAUCUAUGCAAACUCAAUUGA